AGAAGCGGACAAUAUCGUAUUGGAUUCAUUCACGUAUAUUUUGCAAUAUAUAUAUUUAGCUUAUUAAAGAAAAAAAUCUGAGAAAAAUUUAAUGAAAUGUCAAGGCACUCUAGAAAUAAUGUUGGAUCUUUAUUAUUAUCAGAUCAGGAAAAUGAAACUAUAUUUAACACCCUAGGACGAGGAUGUGUAACGUUGGCGACAGCUGUUGUUCAACUAUAUCUCGCUGAUUCUGAUAACACACAAGAAUGGAACAAGAUAUGUUGCGGCGUUGCUUGCUUUGUGAAGGACAACCCCAACAGAUCUUUCUUCAUCUGUAUCUACGACAACACGAGUCAGCAGAAGAUGUGGGAACAGGAGCUUUACAUCCAAUUCAAAUACCACACACCAAGAGAUUUCUUUCACACAUUUGAAGCAGAUGACUGUCAGGCCGCCCUGAACUUCGCAAGUGUUGAUGAGGCAGAAAUGUUCAUGACGGCAAUUCAGCAGAAAAUUCUAGAUAGACACAAUAAACGAAUUCAGAAGAGGAAGCUUCAAGAUGGCGGAAAUCGCAUCACUCCACCUCAACAACACGGAAACACUAUGCUCAUGAACCCAGCACCGCAGCUGCCGAUAUCAACCAAAAAAUCAGGAAAUUUGAAAUCAAAAUCAACUGACAAAGGUAAAGGUAAAGGAAGAAAGAAACUCACAAAAGCUGACAUCAGCACACCAACUGACUUUCGGCAUGUCGGCCAUGUUGGAUGGGACCCCAACUGUGGACUUCAGAUGGAUAAACUGGACCCACAGAUGAAAGCUUUAUUUAUGGAAAUAGGCAUAGAUGAACAGUCACAGGUGGACGAAGAUACGGUUAACUUUAUUUAUGAUUUUGUAGACAAGCAUGGCGGACUAAACGCGGUAAAAGAAGAUCUUGCCAGACGAAAACCAGAACCGUCUGCCCCUAUAGACUACUCAUCUUCAAACAGAAACCAGGGGUCAUCUUUACCAUCCAAACCAAAUUUUGCGCCACCGAAACCUCCAUCUAGCAGAUCAGCGCUGCCUCCUAUACCUCCAUCCAGAGCUGGCCAUUCGAGCAGCGUCUCAAAGGAAGGUGUCCCACCUGCUCCUCCUCUACCUCCGUCUGCACCACCAGCGUAUUACGCCCCGCCUCCUCCUCACUCGAAACCAAGUAACGAAAGUCGAUCCCCUCCUGUUUGUUCAGGUAGAUCAGGCCUUCUUGAUGACAUUGUGAAAUUCAAAGGUUCUGCGCUGAAACCAGUCGACCAUAGUCAGGUAGAGCGAUCUGCGGCUCCCGCGGUAGAAGCUACGGGUGGUAUUGCUUCUGCGCUUAUGGAUGCCCUGAACAAAAGAAAACCUGCAUUGCAAUGUUCAGAUGAUGAUGACGAAGAAAGUGAUGAUCUUGAUGAUGACGACGAUGAAUGGGAUGAUUAGUGGAUUUUACUAACAUACAUAAACAUUUUCUAUCUGAUUUCCCGAUAUGAAGUGGCCAUUAACAAUGAUAUAACACAUGAAAUUUUAUGUCCAUUACUACAUAUACAUAAAACUAAAAUGUAUACUCAAUA